AGGACACGACACAAGGUUUUCAUCUACGUUUCAUUUUGAAGCACAUUAAACGAUGUAUUAAACGAGUAUACUCAUGAAUGAUACAAGAUAGAUUUAUUAUGUAAAAUAUUCUUAAAUAAGUAAUUCAUUUUUGAAAGAAAUAAAAGCAUUAUUAUAUUUAGUAGAUAUGACAGAAAAAUUGCGAAGAUAUGAGAAAAUUGAUUUCUUAGGAGAAGGACAGUUUGCUACUGUCUAUAAAGCCAAAGAUAUCGAAACGUCCAAAAUUGUUGCUGUGAAAAAGAUUAAAGUUGGAAGUCGCGCAGAGGCUAGGGAUGGUAUAAAUAGAACUGCAUUACGAGAAAUUAAAUUAUUGCAAGAAUUAAAACACGAUAAUGUGAUAGGUUUAUUAGAUGUUUUUGGUCACAAGUCAAAUGUCUCCUUAGUAUUUGACUUUAUGGAUACAGAUUUAGAAAUAAUAAUAAAGGAUAGUAAUAUAGUAUUAACAGCUGCAAACAUUAAAGCAUAUAUGAUCCAAACUUUACAAGGAUUAGAUUAUUUACAUUAUAAUUGGAUACUGCACAGAGAUUUGAAACCAAAUAAUUUACUGGUUAACUCUGAAGGUGUUUUGAAAAUUGGUGAUUUUGGUUUGGCCAAAUUUUUUGGUUCACCUAAUCGAAUAAAUACCCAUCAGGUAGUAACAAGGUGGUAUAGGUCACCUGAAUUGUUGUAUGGUGCGAGAUUAUAUGGUACCGGAAUUGAUAUGUGGGCAGUUGGUUGUAUAUUAGCAGAACUGUUAUUACGUGUACCAUUUUUACCUGGUGAAUCUGACUUGGAUCAACUUACUAGAAUAUUUCAGACAUUAGGCACACCCACCGAAGAAACAUGGCCAGGAAUGACAGAAUUACCAGAUUUUAUCCAAUUCAAACCUUUUCCUGGUACACCACUAAAACAUAUAUUUACUGCUGCUGGUGAUGAUCUCCUAGAUUUAAUUGCUAGUCUAUUAAAUGUAAAUCCCUUGGAGAGAUGUACAUGUGAUCAAGCUCUUCAAAUGCCAUACUUCAGCAACAAACCUGCACCAACUCCUGGACCUAGAUUACCGCUUCCUACAUCUGUAAAACGUCAGCCAGAGGAAAAGCCUAGUUUAAAGAGAAAACUACUGGAAUCGAUGGAUGGCGCUUCCCUUGCAAAAAGAUUACAGUUUUAACCAUAAAUUCAAUUAGACUUAAUUGUAAAUUGUUACAAAAACAAUUCAUUGUUAUUGUUUUCUUACUAAUUUUACCAUGAAUAAUCAAUAUAAUAUGCAAUGGAAUGAAGCAAGGAGAUACAGACUGAUUCAAUUUGUAUAAAUGCAUAAUAUACGAGUAAAUUCAAAACAUGAGAUAUAAUAUUAAACAUCUACAAUGAAUUACUGCAGUAAUAUAUGAUAUGCAAUUUAAAAAUAUAUUUUUACAAAAUUAUUAUGUAAAUAACUAAAAUCAAAUAAACAUCCAUUUUAUACGUUAUUAAAAACAGGAUGGGAAUGUUAUAGGCUGAAAUAAUAAUACAUAUUUGAAAAAUACAACAUUAUGCUGCAUUACUUUUUAUUAACUUAAAAACUAGUAAGAAAUGUUUGAUACGUGAACAAUUUUGUAACUUGUGAAAUAUUAAAUUUCGAUAGCAUAAAGAGGUGAAUCGUUGAUAACAAAUUAUUAAAACUGUAAUCGCAUUUCGCAGCUUUCCCUGUAGCGAGAUUAAUUAUUCAUCUUUCGCAAUAAGUACAAACAUUACCAGAUUCUCAUUUACUCGCUCUUGUCUCUAUUUGACGAUGUUCCACUAUUUCCUUCCUCAAGAAAAGUAUAAAGUAUAAAUAAUGUUCCUUUAAUAUAUCCGCUUUGUGGACAAAAAGGACACAUUUAUCAUUUUUGCUAAAUCUGAUGAUUUUGCAUUGUCCAUCUGUGAUGAGCAUGCAAGUAGUUUUUUACGAGUACCGCUCACGACUGAUUGCAUCUUCUCAAUCAGCUUCUAAUAUCCGUGCAUGAUUUCAAUAUACAUGUAUCUAUUACACACAUACAUAAAUCUAUUCAAUACUGAUGGGUAACAAAAAACAUAAUAUUUUGUAAAGAUACAAAUUGUACAUAUCUUAUAUUAAUGCACAUAUUAACAUGAGUUGGCUACCUCUGAAAUUGAUGAAAAAGUGUUUCACAUUAAAAUCAUGUUACAAGAAUAAAAUAAAUUUCAUAUUUUAAUAUAUUACAUAAAGCUAUAACAAAAUUUCUUGUAUUGUACACAUAGUUACAUUAAAAGCAUAAAUUAAGACGA